CCCAAAAAACAGGAAGUGGGAACGAUAUCGCAUAGAGUGAAAGCUCUUGCAGUACUCCACUGUCUGGACAAGCUAUAUUGUAAGUCUGGCGGAGUCGGUAUUGCGGUAUAAAACGUUAGUGUUUUACGCAAAGAGAAAUUCAACCAAAUAGAAGAUUGAUGUCAUUUGGUGGAACGCAAAACGGCGGUCGCCGUAGUAAAUGGGACCAGCCGGGCCCAGGUCCUGGUUCAGACCAGAUGGGGGAGGCGGAGGCGGCUCCUACAGGGGCUCUGGACGCUGCAGCUGCUGUGGCAGCUAAGAUCAACGCCAUGCUGGUAGCCAAGGGAAAGCUCAAGCCCUCCCAGAUAGGACCCUCUGGACCAUCUGGACCCCCAGACAAGGUUGUGGGUGCAGGGAAGCCCCAGCCUCCUAUGAAAGCGAAGGAUGACCUGGUGGUGGCGGAGGUGGAGAUCAACGACGUUCCGCUCCCUUGCCGGAACCUGCUGACCCGCGGGCAGACACAGGACGAGAUCAGCAAAGUGAGCGGUGCUGCUGUGUCCACCAGGGGGCGAUACAUGGCAGCAGUGGAGAAGUACAAGGCUCCACAAGGACAAGUGGAUCUGUUGUCUGAUUGCGUCAUACAACCAAGUCUUAGGCUCCUGACCGACUGCUUCUCUCUCUCUGUCGUCAGGGACCGACCCCUCUAUCUCCACGUCCAGGGCCAGACCAGGGAGCUUGUCGACAGAGCUGUGAACCGCAUCAAGGAGAUUAUCACUAACGGAGUGGUGAAGGCGGCCACCUCCUCCUACAGCGGAACCGGAGCCACAGUCCCAGUCUACCAGCAACACAAACCCCAGCCCCCCUCACUGCCCCCCAUCAACCACCAUCACAGACCACACUUCCAGUCUGGGAUGCACUAUGUGCAGGAGAAGUUGUUUGUGGGUCUGGAGCAUGCCAUCCAGGGCUUCUCAGUGAAGGAGAGGGUGGAAGGGCCAGGCAGCUCCUACCUGCAGCACAUCCAGGGUGAGACUGGGGCCAAGGUCUUCCUCAGGGGGAAGGGAUCAGGCUGUCUGGAGCCCGCCUCUGGGCGAGAGGCCUUCGAACCGAUGUACAUCUACAUCAGUCAUCCCAAACCAGAGGGCCUUGCUGCAGCUAAGACCCUGUGUGACAACCUGCUGCAGACGGUCCAUGCAGAGUAUUCUGUCUUCCUCAACCAGAUGAGUGUCAUGAUGCCUACUCCCGGCUUUAUGCAGCCCCCCAUGGCCAACGGGAUGCCCCCCCAGCCCCCUUACUACCCCCCAUCGGGGUACCAGCCCAGCUACCCCCUCCCUGUACCUCCCCCUCAGCCCAUUCCUCCCCCCUACGCUGUCCCCCCUCCCAUUCCCCCUGGGCUGCCUGCCGGUCUCCCCCCUCCCAACCGGUACACCCUCCCCCCCGCACCUGUCACUUUACCACAGACUCUCCCACCUUCUCCUUUCCCACCCGCUGCUCCGGUUCCGCCCAAAGCUCCGCCUCCUGUAGUCUCAGCCAAUCCGCCGCAGAAAAGACGCUUCACUGAGGAGGUGCCAGACGAGAGGGACAGCGGUCUGCUGGGAUACCAGCAUGGACCCAUUCAUAUGACUAAUUUAGGUGCAGGCUUCCCUGUGGGCAGCCCCGGCCCAGAGGCUUCAGGACCCCCGCCACCGAGUUCCUCCGGGCCGCCGAGGGAGAGGGACAGCAGUAGGCAGCUGAUGCCUCCACCACCCAUUCCAAUGAACGGAGGCAUGACACCCAAGAUGGAGGAGAGGAGGCUGCUGCAAGGCCCCCUGGAUCCCUCAGUGAAGAGGAUGAAGACGGGGCUCGUGGCAUACGCUGGUGACUCCUCGGACGAAGAGGAGGACCACUCCACCCCCAAAACCUUGGGGGCAGGUAACCAUGGUAACAUCGCUGGGGUGACCCACUCCACCCCCACCUCACCCCCUGGCUGGACUCUGGGGUACCGCUGCCCCCCUCCGCCUCCCCAACGUGCCAAAACACAGCAGGCACAGUCACAGCAGCCCAUGCCCUUCUGGAUGGCCCCAUAACACAGGAGUAUUAAACCUCAUACCCUCCCCUGACAUCUAGGGCCUUUUGGAGGGUUCCAUAAUGAUGUUUUACAUCCCAAACUGAGCCCCAGUCCCCCCUCUUCCCCUUUUCUCUGAACCAUCACUCCUACCUACUCCUCUACUUGAUAGAAUUUAUUUUGUGAUGACUUAGAUUUCGUCAAAACAGUUUUGUCAUGCGCUCAGCAGUAAAGCAGUGUGUGUGUAAAAUGGACUAAACAGACUGGCUGGCUGAUACAAAGAGAACAGACUCAACCAGCCAACCAGGCACAACCAGGAUACUGACAGACUGGAUACAUGGUGACAAGCAGCAAGAUGCCCCAGACUUCCACACCGAUUCAAAUGUACCCUGAACUCUGUAUAGGAGAGACAGCUGAGGAACAGACACAAAUGGAGGGUAAAUAGUGCCCUGUUUUUGAUUGAUUUGGAACGUGUCCACUCCUGGUUUUACUAGUGUAGAAAAGCACUGAGGUAGAAGAGAUUUCAAUGCAUUCUAAGUUAUUUCUUUGUUAAAAAAUAUAUUUCCCCCAUCCCCAUUUUCUUUCUUGGUCCAUAUCUUAGUCAAAUCUCCCUCUUCCUUCAGUACAGAUCAUACAAACAUGCUCGUUGGACUUUUUAUAAAAUGCAAUUGACUCAACUAUUCUAAUGUUUUUGUGGAAUAAAUUAGCAUUAUCUCUGUG